AUGAUAAUAAUCAAACACAAGAUGAAUGAUAAUUCAGCACCAAGUGUUUCUGAAAAACGGAACACAGCACCUGUUUGUGCAAUCGUGUUGGGAAUGGCCGGGUCCGGAAAGACUACAUUUGUCAAACAACUUAUUACUUAUUUGGAAUCACGUGACAAGCAUGUGUACAGCAUCAAUCUGGACCCAGCCGUUCACAUUGUCCCGUAUCGGACGAAUAUAGAUAUUCGUGAUACGGUCAAAUUUAAGGAAGUCAUGAAACAGUAUGGAUUUGGACCUAAUGGGGCCAUUAUGACUUCUCUGAAUUUCUUCUCAUCGCAGUUCAAUAAAGUGGUUGAUUUGAUCAACAAGAAUGCAGAAAAAGUCUCGUUUGUCGUACUAGAUACCCCGGGCCAGAUUGAAGUGUUCACAUGGUCUGCCUCGGGUACAAUCAUUUCUGAAUCCCUGGGUUCGGCAUUUCCGACGAUCGUGAUCUAUGUGAUGGACACUCCUCGAAGUCACAAUCCGGUUACCUUCAUGUCCAAUAUGCUCUACGCAUGUAGUGUGCUAUAUCGUCUACAACUACCGUUUUUAGUUGUAUUGAAUAAAGUAAGUAGUGAAAAAGCAUAUUUCCUGAUCUGUUGGAUUUUCUCCGGUGACAUUCAUGCUUAUGUGUUAACUGCAACCCCAUAUGAUUCCAUGGAAUGUCAGAAAAUCGAAGUCAGAUGA